GUCUUGUCCUAGCUGCCUUAAUUCGGAGUAUCCUGUGCACUGGUUGCACUUGUUUUUGUUUGCUUUCCUAUACUUCUAUACUUCUAAUCUUUACCUUAUCUAACUUGCUAUCAAAACAAACAGACGAGCUGUGCUCUCUGACCUUAUUGUUUUUGUUAUUCUGCUGCGCAGGAUACUCCCAAUUAAUCAAACCUGACAGUCUCAUCGUCGCCGGUCGACCCUGUUUCUGUCCCAGCUGCGAUAACCACUUGCUCCGCCUCUCUUCGACUUAAUCGUGUCAGGACUGGAUCCUUCGUUGCGCUGCGACCUGUUGCUCUGCCACCCAACCCAACAUCAACAGAAGUGGACGUUUACCCGGCUCUGGUAGUCGUUUUAAACCGUCCAUCUACGACAGACCUGACACCUUUGUGCUUGUUUACGAUUCACUUAUCUACUGAUAUACCGCUUUAAUUUAAUCGCCAUGUCCGCCGUCCAGCUCAAGUUCAACUUGCGCACCUCGUCCAACGUCAAGACCGUGCAUCUGCUUGGUUCCUGGGACAACUACUCUCGCCAGAUCCCCUUGUCUCGCGACUCGUCCAAGCCCGGCUCCUGGGUGGGCAAAUUCCGCUUCCAGACCUCGAUGCUGAAGCUUGGUGGUCGGUACUGGUACUACUACAUCCUCGACGGCUACCACGUCUCGCACGACCCGGCAGCAGACUACACCGUCGAGCCAACAACCAACCGCAAGCUCAACAUCCUCGAUGUCCCCGGAGGCAAAGAGUCCAGCAGCUCCGCGCGCCGUCCCCGCCGUGGCUCCUCAGAUAUCGCGACCGGCCGCGCCCUCUCGCCCUCAAAGAUCCACCACCCUAAGCCUUCCAAGCCGUACGCGUCGCGCCAGAUCCGCGAGGCCGACUUUGCCCCGACCCACGCCAUGGAUGAGCUUUCUCGCCGCUUUGGGUCGUCCCGCCUCUCGGACGACGGUUACAGCGACCUGUCCAACUCGCCGCCUUCCUCUGUCGGUUCGUCGUUGUCUUCUCGCAGCAGCGGAAGCACCUCGCCCAGCUCGCUGUCCAGCAUGUCCGAUCCGCCUUCAGUUUGCCAUUGUGAGCGGUACGGGAUCACCCGCAAGGGAGACCGCGUCAAGCUCGAUUGCGGCGGUUCCCGGUGUGGAUACCUCUCUGAGACUUCGGGCGAUUCCUGCUCCGAGGACAGCGACAGCGAUGAGGAGUACCGCCGGGCUCGUCGGGGCGUGAGGCGCCAGGGUAUCGUUGUCCGCCGGUAGAUGAGAGAAACGCAGUCUUCUUGCCCCUCCCUCUCUUAUCCGACCUCGUCGCGCGAUCGAUGACUGGCUCAGAUCGGCCUUGACAUGCCUCAACUCAAAUCGACUUGACUUGACAGGUGCAGUGCACUUCGAGUAUAUCACUAGCACAUCAGUCACUCUUUAAUCACAGAUCUGGCAUUAUAUAUAAUGCCAUGCCGACAUAUAUAUGCAAAAUACCAAAAAAAGGCGCCCAGCCCGGCUGGCCACCGUUCUGGCGCGAACACGAGCUGUGCUCGACUCGCGUCCGGGGGAUGGUUGCUAGGUUGGUGGGAUAUGAAUGGAUCAGGAAGAGACAAGACCGCUCUGUUACGUUUACGUGAUGUAGCAGCCUUGCGAUGAUUUAUGAUGGAUGGAUAUGGAGAUGGAGGUGCAGAUGGAGGUUCAAAUGGAAGAUGGGGAAGCUAAAUAGUUACGGAGUAGCGACGAUAGGCAUGAAGUAUGGAAUAUGAUGGUGAUGAAUAACGACUGAUAUAAUA